GGGCCGCUCCGUUGCACUCGGAUUUCAGCUGGUCCGGGCGGAGUCCAUGCGGGAUAAACGACUUACACGAAUUCAGUCCAGCUGAAGGGUUUCUACCGCGGUUUAGCGAGCACAAUACCCGCUCAACAUGACUACGACGACCACUUUCACAGGCAUGGAGCCCGGUGCCAAAAACAGCUCCAGGGUGUUGCGUCCCCCUGGCGGAGCCUCUAAUAUCUCCUUCGGCACCGAUGAAGAGAAGCCGGCGCGCAAAAACAAGAUGGCCUCCAGUAUCUUUGCUGAACCCGACGACCCUCACGCCCACCGGAGGAACAACCCGCCAGGUGGAGAAGCGACGGGCGUCCUGUGCGGUGAACCCUCGGCUCCUCUGAGACGGUGCCAGCCCGCCAUCGUUUAUGAUAACGGCACUCCCGGCAACAGUCUGGAUCAAAAUGAAUAUGAGCAAGACAACAACGACGAGAUGGUGCCGGAGCAGAAAGAGGAGUCCAGCCAGCCUUCUGCCCCGUCUGCUGCCAACCCGUCCGGCCGGAGGAACCCCCCCGGGGGCAAAUCCAGCCUGAUCCUGGGCUGAACCGGCCUGAAACUGAACUAUCGUCGCUCUUUCUGUCGGUUUUCUUUUUAAAACAAAAAAAAGGAAUUCCCCUUCCUCUUCACUCUACUUGUGAGCCAUGGAAAUUUUUUUGUCCUCCACCGUCUUUUCAUUUUUUCUAUUGCAAAAACAAAAAAAGAAAUGGAUCGUUGACAGAAGCACUUUAUGUAAGAGGUCCGUUUCAGCCGCUCCUGCAGGAAUAAUGGCAUGAGAGAUUCAGAUCGACUUUUAAUCUGCCCUGGGGUAAAUCAUUUAAGGAAAAAGGACAACAAAAACACAAAAAAAGAUUUGUUGCGCAAAAUUUCUAAGUACAAAUAAAGAUUGAUAUGAAUUUCA